UGAAAGUUCAACAGACAUGUUUCCCGAGCCUGUACGGUAAACAUCAAUAGAGUUCACGGCUUUAAUAUGUCCUUGUGAUUGUAUCAUUUAAGACUUUAUAUUGUAUUUAAACGUUUUAUUUGCUCUGUAUAUUUCCGGAAUAUCAGAGUAGAAGACGUGGUUGUUAUUUAUUUGCAGCUAUAUUUGGCUGUGUUGGAUAAGAGCAGCAGAAUCAUUAUGACAGUUGUGUGCUAUUUCAGCUCCUAAAGAGGUCACAUUAAAGACUGGCAUUCGCUCUGGUAUAGUAUGUAUUUGAUCCAAGCGACGCGAUAAACCAGAUUGUACUAUGGCAGCGCUACUUUUGCUGCGUGGAAGCAAGCGUUGGUCGUUGUCGAAUCGUUUCAGUUGUUUUCAAUCCAGCAGAAAACUCCUGGAGAACAAUGUGACUUCAUACUCGUCUUUAGUGACUGCAAACACAAGAGGACUAAAAUCAGGACGCAUUCAGAACAUUUUGACAAAGCCUUUAAUCCCAAGGCUUAUUGGACUUGAACUCCACAGUCGCCACAAAUUGGUCACAAAUCCUAUGAAACUGUGGAAACUUUUAGGAACUACUCAUUAUUUCAGCACAUCCAACAGAAGACAUGAAAAGAAAGAGGGUGGUAAAGGGAAGACCCCAGAGGAGGAUGAAGACGAGAAAAAGAGACGAGAGCAGGAGGAUCAGAUGUAUAAGGAGCGACUGCGCACACUUUUUAUUAUCGCCGUCAUCAUGAGCUUGCUCAACUCCAUCAAUACCAGUGGGGGAAACAUAUCCUGGAAUGAUUUUGUAAAUGAAAUGCUGGCCAAAGGAGAGGUGUCGCGAGUACAGGUGGUACCAGAGAGUGACAUCGUGGAGAUCUACCUUCACCCCGGCGCAGUCAUCUUCGGAAGACCUAGACUGGCCCUGAUGUACCGAAUGCAGGUGGCCAAUAUUGACAAGUUUGAGGAGAAGCUCAGAGCAGCAGAAGAAGAACUGAGCAUAGAUGCCAAAGACAGAAUUCCAGUGAACUACAAGCGCACGGGCUUCUUCGGGAAUGCCCUUUAUGCUCUCGGUAUGGCUGCCAUUGGGGUCGCAAUCCUCUGGUACAUCUUCCGACUGGCAGGAAUGGGUGGGCGAGAUGGUGGUUUUAGUGCAUUUAAUCAGUUGAAAAUGGCUAAAUUCACUAUCGUCGAUGGGAAAUCUGGGAAAGGGAUAAGCUUCAAAGAUGUUGCGGGUAUGCAUGAGGCCAAGAUGGAAGUCAAAGAGUUUGUGGACUAUCUAAAGAAUCCCGACCGAUACCUUCAGCUCGGGGCCAAGGUCCCGAAAGGCUCUCUGCUCCUGGGACCCCCUGGCUGUGGGAAAACCCUGCUGGCUAAAGCAGUGGCGACCGAGGCUCAGGUGCCCUUUCUCGCCAUGGCAGGGUCAGAGUUUGUGGAGGUGAUUGGAGGCCUUGGUGCCGCACGAGUGCGAAGUCUUUUUAAAGAGGCUCGUGCUCGAGCUCCAUGCAUCGUCUACAUCGACGAGAUCGAUGCCGUGGGGAAGAAACGCUCCACAAACAUGUCUGGUUUCUCAAACACCGAGGAAGAGCAGACCCUCAAUCAGCUGCUCGUGGAGAUGGACGGAAUGGGAACCACAGAUCAUGUGAUUGUCCUGGCUUCCACUAAUCGCGCAGAUGUUCUGGACAAUGCCCUCAUGAGACCCGGCCGGCUCGAUAGGCACAUAUUUAUCGACCUGCCAACUCUUCAGGAGAGGAAGGAGAUCUUUGAGCAGCACCUGAAGAUCCUGAAGCUGACGCAGCCGGCGGACUUCUACUCGCUGCGUCUGGCUGAGUUUACCCCCGGCUUCAGCGGGGCCGAUAUCGCCAACAUCUGCAAUGAAGCCGCCCUUCACGCCGCCAGAGAGGGAUUCAAGUCCAUCGAUACCUUUAACUUCGAAUAUGCUGUGGAGAGAGUCAUCGCAGGGAGUGUGAAGAAGAAUAAAAUCUUAUCUAAAGAGGAGCAGAAGGUGGUGGCCUUCCAUGAGUCUGGUCAUGCUUUAGUCGGAUGGCUGCUAGAACACACCGAAGCUGUCAUGAAGGUCUCAAUCGCUCCCAGGACGAAUGCCGCUUUGGGCUUCGCUCAGAUCCUGCCGAGGGAUCAGUAUUUGUUCACCAAAGAGCAGCUGUUUGAGAGGAUGUGCAUGGCUUUGGGCGGACGAGCCUCUGAGGCCAUCACCUUCAAUAAGGUCACCACAGGUGCUCAGGAUGACCUACGCAAGGUGACGCGCGUGGCCUACUCCAUGGUGAAGCAGUACGGCAUGGUUGCCAGCGUGGGCCAGAUGUCCUUCCCUGAAGAUGAUCAGGGAGGAAUUGGACGGAGACCAUUCAGCCAAGGCCUCCAACAGCAGAUGGACCAUGAAGCUAAGUUGCUAAUAGCACAGGCCUACCGGCGCACAGAGAAACUGCUUCUGGACAACAGAGACAAACUUAUCUUGCUGGCUAAUGCCCUGCUCGAGAGGGAAGUGGUCAACUAUGACGACAUCGAGGCUUUGCUUGGACCUUCUCCGUUUGGUCCCAAAAAGAUGAUUGCUCCUCAAAGCUGGGUGGAGGCCGAACGAGACAAGCAGGACACUGGAGAAGACGAGCCCCGCAGACCCCAGAGACCCCGCAAAGACACGCAGGACGACGAGAUCAACCUGAGCCCAGCGUGAGCGCAAACACACUGGAUCUGGGGAAGAAAAAACCCCAAAUCUUUGAUGUCCGGACUGACUGAACAGUAACGGCAACAUGUGUUCUUCGCUGAUUGGAUUAUUUUGGCUUGUAAUUAUACAGGUGAAACUGGAAAAAUUAGAAUAUGAUGCAAAAGUUCAGUAAUUCAACUUAAAAGCUGAAACUAAUAUACUAUAUAGGCUCAUUACAUGCAAAGUGAGAUAUUUCAAGCUUUUAUUUGUUAUAAUUGUGAUGAUUAUGGCUUACAGCUUAUGAAAACACCAAAUUCAACAUUAGAAUACUGUGAAAAGGUUUUCAGCUGUAAAACAUAAUCAUCAAAUCUCUCACUUUGCAUGUAACGAGUCCAUAUAAUAUAUUAGUUUCACCUGUUAAGUUGUUAUUUCUGAACUUUUGCAUGAUAUUCGAAUUUUUCCAGUUUCAUCUGUAAUUUAAAUGUCUUUAGGACAUUUGAUUAAGAAAUAAAGGCAACGUCUAAGCAUCAAUCAAGCAUUUAAGAGCUUUUUUUCACUCUUUUAAAGAGUAGCAGAAACCUCCUUUGAGAAUUACACGAAAUCGGUUUUUAAAACAGUUGAGCGUCUUUUCCAGAUCAGCUCAAACUGGUUUUGUUAGACGGAGUUAGCAUUGCCAGCUGUAAAUCUGAAGUCAUCUUGCGAUGUCAGUGGAUAUAUUCUGCACCAUAUGUAAUAAAUUGUUAUUCUUGUGUG